AGCAAUUAAAUUGUGCUGGCUCGUCACUGUUGGUUCUUCUAAAGUAGCGAUAUCACUACAACUCCAUAUCGUCCAGUUUAGAGCGAUCGCUACCUGCAGCAACACAGUCUGUACAAUCAGUCAAGAAAUCUCUCAAGACAAUUAUCCUACAAAGAUGAAAACAUUCGUCGCGUGCCUGGUUAUCUGCUCUUUGAGUUUCUUAGCGAUCAGUGCUUUAGAGCUACCGACAUGCCCGGCGUCGUCGAACUCUGGUGCUUCUGUUUGCCGAACAUCUGCUGUGUACACUAGUGCCUGUCUGGAUGGUGCCAGGGAGGCCUGUAAGGAGUAUGGUUACCGUCUGUGCAGUUUGGAGGACCUCGCGGCUGCCUACGACAGUGGAGUCAGGAGUACACACUGGGGUCUGUUGGACGUCAGUCACAGAGAUGCACAGAUACAUAAAUGUGAGAUUCCUCCGUUUUCUCGUUACGAGGGUGACGAAUGCUUUGUGAAAGUAGGGCCUGAAGACACGUGGCACAUUGCUAACACCCCACGACCUGCCACCAAUGAACAUGCUUUUUGUUGUAAGAAUGAUAAGAAUGAUAAGAAUGAUUCUUCUACUGCUACAUACCAAGUAAAGAUUACAAUAGAAAAAAUCUAAAAAGGUGUCAAAAGCGCGGCUACGCAUCCUUUAAUAAAACAUAGCAAUCUUGGAUGUGCACGCUUUUCCCCACAGGGACACGCACGAGCAGACUAGAAAAACACACCUUGGUUUACGAAUUUCAAAAAUACAUGGUUCAGUUCCCCCCCGUACCUUCAUGGAGUAUACUGUCGUAAAUGUGAUACAGGUGUAUGGCUGUUGAUUUAUAUAAUGCACCACGAGAUGGGCGAUGCAAGCGACAAUUUAUAAUAACUUGUUUUUUGGAAACUGUGCUGAUUAUAUUGGUGUAUUUCAAUUGCAAAUUGCAUUCACUGAAAAAAGUUGUUAAUCUACACUACCAGAGUACUUUCUCACAUAGCUCAAUUAAGCUUUUAUUUGCAAAUCGUUGUUUUAAAGUACAUAUAGUUCAAAUGGUGGUGACUAAGCUAGAUCACUCUACCAUUGUUUAAACAAAUAAUUGGAAGUGAUUCUUAUUUUGAAUUAAUUAUUGUUUCCUUUAAUGACAAUAAGUGCACGCACGAAAUAUUGAUGGCGACUUUUGUAUCAUUAUUUUCUUUUGCAAAUUUUCGUUCAUUCAUGGAGGUGGGAAAACGUCCGUGUUUCAUUGUGUAUACUAACAGAUUCAUCAGUUCGUAGAACGGUAAAUGAUCAGUGGUAUACAGAUGAAGUCUGUGAUCUUGUUUCAUUAAAAUUAACCAGACCUGGAAAUGGAGUGUGCAAUAGAA